GACAAUAUUGGCCAGAUAAAAUGGCUCACUCUCACACUAGCUUUUUUUUUCGCACUGAUUCAAUGCGAUCUAGCUCGAAGAUUUUGUAUAGGAGCUGUGAUAUAUUCCAAGUUUACAUUUUGAGACUAUAGAGAUUCCGUAGCUGUGUGCUGGGAAUGUUGGGUAAUGUUCGGGGGCGCGCUCUGCGCAGUCUAAAAAAAUAGACAGAGUAAAGCUGUGGUCUAAAGACAGACAUUCCGUCUCUUGUGUCUUUUUUGAAGAGAUACAUCACAGAAAAUUGGCGACGAGGAUAAAGUCUUGUUCACAUUAUGGCGCUUAUUGGAAAUAUUAGCGAGUUUGUUUCCGAAAGCAGAGUCUUGGUCGGCUUAUAUUGAACGGCUUGAACAGUUCUUCAAGGCGAACGACAUAAGCGAAGGGAAACAGGUUGCGACGCUGUUGAGUGUGAUGGGAGCAACUACCUACAGUUUACUGAGGAACUUGGUGCAACCAGAGAAGCCAAAGGAUAAGUCUUACAAAGACAUUGUGGACACUUUAAAGAAUCAUUUUGAGCCAAAGCCGUUGCUGAUUGCUGAAAGAUUCCGUUUUAAUCAUUGCAAUCAAAGAGCUGAUGAGAUGGUGAUGGAAUAUGCAGCAGAGCUGAAACAGUGCGCUGUGAGUUGUGAGUUCGGAGCAACACUAGACGAGGCAUCGCGUGACCGUUUCGUAAGUGGAAUCCGCAACGAAGCCUGCCAACGGCGACUGUUGUCUGAAUCUAAUCUGACGUUCGCACGUGCGUUUGAGAUCGCAUUGAGUAUGGAGAGCAAAGAGCAAAGAGCUUUUGGGAAAUGUAAAGACUUGUUAACCAACGACAGGAUUCUGGUGCAUUAUGAUCCAAGUCUACCACUCACCUUGGCUUGCGAUCCUUCAGCAUAUGGAAUUGGAGCUGUUUUGCAACACACCAUGCCCACUGGAGAGGAACGUCCUGUAGCUUAUGCCUCACGAACUCUGUCCCCUGCGGAGAAAAAGUAUUCACAAAUCGAGAAAGAGGGGUUGGCGCUCAUUUUUGGAGUAAAAAAAUUUCACCAAUAUUUGUGGGGAAGGAAAUUCAAGAUGGUGACUGACCAUAAACCUUUGCUGACUUUGUUUGGAGAGCAUAAAAGUCUACCCACCAUGGCAGCGGCCAGGAUUCAAAGAUGGGCAAUCAUCCUCUCAGCUUAUGACUACUACAUUGAAUACUGUCCCUCAGAGAAACACGGUAAUGAACAUAGUAUGUUUUGGAGGGAUGGCCAUUGGAUGUGGAUGAAAGUUUGAAAGCUUACCACUCACGCAGAUAUGAAUUGUCUGCAGAGAGAGGAUGCGUGCUCUGGGGCACAAGGGUGAUAAUACCUGAUAAACUGAGAGAAACUGUACUGAAAGAACUGCAUGUCGGUCAUCAAGGGAUCGUAAAGAUGAAAACUCUUGCCCGCAAAUAUGUGUGGUGGCCUAAAGUGGAUGCAGAUCUGGAGCGGGUUAGCAGAGCUUGUGAGCCAUGCCAGAUGGAACAAAAGGCUCCACGACAGGUUCCGUUACAACCUUGGGAAUUUCCUGGUCAAAGCUGGAAAAGAAUACACAUAGACUUUGCUGGUCCUUUUCUAGGACACACAUUUAUGAUACUUGUGGACACAUACUCGAAGUGGCUGGAGGUGUAUAGAAUGUCUAAUAUCACCUCACAAACUACCAUCGCAAGACUGAAGAGGUUGUUUGCGGCAUACAGACUUCCAGAGCAAAUUGUCACUGACAAUGGAACACAAUUUACAUCUGAGGAGUUCAAAAACUUCAUGCAGCUAAAUGACAUUCUUCAUACAACGAGUGCACCAGGUCAUCCGGCUACCAACGGCCUAGCAGAAAGGUAUGUGCAGACAUUUAAAAGCGGAAUGAAGAAACUUGCACACUUGACAAUGGACUUGGAAGAUAAGAUCUCUCUUUUCUUAAUGCAGUAUCGCACCACUCCAAACUGCACUACAGGCCAAUCGCCAGCAGAUCUUUUUCUUAAUAGGCAUGUGCGCACUCGCCUGGACUUUAUUCAUCCAGAUGUCACUGUUGCUGUUCGCAGGAAGCAAUACCUGCAAAAGUACUAUCAUGACCAAUGUGCUGUGGAGAGGUCUUUUUCUGCAAAGGACGCAGUGUAUCUCCGUAACACCACAGGAGGAGGGAACAAAUGGAUUCCAGGUGUGAUAGUAAAACAAACCGGGCCAGUGUCUUACAAAGUUCAGGGAUGAGACUCAGAUGUCACUUUCAGGAGACAUGGUGACCAAUUGAGACCCCGGGUUGUGGAGGAUGAGCUGGUUAAAGAGACUGACUGUUCAGGGACUGACACUCCGAUCCAAACCCGAGCUCCCGAGGGGGAAAAACAAGCAGUCCCUGAGCCUUCUCAAGAGGACUGUGGAGGGGUUACAGGGGUGGCUCAGAGUCCACGCCGCUCAUCCAGAAGUAGAAAGCCACCAAAACGUUUGGAUCUGUAAUUCAUUAGACAUACACCCAUUGCAAUAGCACUACGGGAUGAUGUUUUUCUGAUGUUCUGACGUUGUUUUUGGAAAGAAGAAAGUAACUGUUAUGUUGUUGGUUAUGCCGAUAAUGUUUUGUGCCAUGCAAGGGUUCAGGUGAAUCUGAAUGUUUGUUGUUUCAAAGGGGGGUAAUGUGAUGUAUUCCAAGUUAACAUUUUGAGACUAUAGAGAUUCCGUAGCUGUGUGCUGGGAAUGUUGGGUAAUGUUCGGGGGCGCGCUCUGCGCAGUCUAAAAAAAUAGAGAAAGCUGUGGUCUAAAGACAGACAUUACGUCUCUUGUGUCUUCUUUGAAGAGAUACAUCACAGGAGCAUGGCGUUUUUUUGAGUCAGAGAUGAAGUAUUACAUGUCUGCUAUCUGGUGCAGGGGAGGUCGCAUGAAAUAUUUGACAAAAUCGGCCGUUUUAUUCUGUGCCGCAUCAUGUCGAGUAAACUCAAGAGGGUUAACUUUUAAGGCCAGUAUACUUUGUUUUUAUGGGUACAAAAUGGUCCACUGGGUGUAGUACACUGUAUGCAUAAUGUGUCACACACACUAUAUCCAUUCUAAGUUAGUUUAUAGUAGAUUUAAUAUUAUAAUUUUGUUCAUGUUUAAUGAUUGGUUAACAAUUUUCGGUCAGGAAAAUUAACCAAAACAAACAUACUUUGAAACAUUAAGUUGCUUUUGCACUAAUCUAUUGUUCUACAUGUGGCAACACUUGUCCAUGCUGUUGUUUCACAGUAGAAAAUGAAACUAAGAGAGAAAACAACAUCAAAAUAGACAAAAACAACAGACGUCCGCAUUGACAAGCACUUGUGUGAGGGGUUUAUGAGAGAGCUUUCAUUUAAAAGAGUACAAGAACAUUUUAUCAACUAUUUAUAGAAAAAUAGAACAGAUGCUGUACAAACAUGAAGCUUUAUAGAGUGCAAGUGCCAACCACCAUGGUAUUUGGAACAAGGUUUUGAGUUUAAUUCCCAAGAAAUGGAUGAAUUUAUAAAAUGUAAACCUUGGAUGCAGUUGAAAUUGAGAAUGAAAAACAAAAAGUUUCUAUCCUAUGUUACUUUUUGU